CUCUCUCUCUCCUGUGUGAUCCCUCAUAAGCUGGUGCUAGUGUUAGGAGACCUUCACAUUCCACAUCGGUGCAACAGCCUCCCAGCUAAGUUCAAAAAACUGCUGGUUCCAGGAAAGAUCCAACACAUCCUCUGCACUGGAAACCUCUGCACCAAGGAGACCUAUGAUUACCUCAAAACCUUGGCUGGGGAUGUUCACGUUGUUAGAGGGGAUUUUGAUGAGAACCUGAAUUAUCCAGAGCAGAAAGUUGUAACUGUUGGGCAGUUCAAAAUUGGGCUGAUCCACGGCCAUCAGGUUAUUCCAUGGGGUGAUGUGGCCAGUCUGGCAUUGCUACAAAGGCAGUUUGAUGUGGACAUUUUAAUUUCAGGGCAUACACACAAGUUUGAGGCAUUUGAGCAUGAAAACAAGUUCUAUAUCAACCCAGGCUCAGCUACAGGAGCUUAUCAUGCCUUGGAGAACAACAUCAUUCCUUCCUUUGUGCUGAUGGACAUCCAAGCUUCCACAGUAGUAACCUAUGUGUAUCAGCUAAUUGGAGAUGAUGUGAAAGUAGAAAGGAUCGAGUACAAAAAAUCCUAGGACAGCUUCACGUGGCUGGUGCCUCUUACCAACUCAUUCCAGAGCUGCAGACUACUUGCAAUAUUUGAUUGCUAGUUUAUAGUAUUAAAACACUCACUUGCUAAGUACUUAUAACAAUGUAACUAGCUUAGAGUAGCUUUCAAAUAAUGACACUUGAGUAAUUUGCUCUGUAUGGUUAAUUUCUUAAAAUAUUCUGCUAAGUAGCUAAGUGCACAAUGCUAUGGGAAAUGUGCUUGAGUUUGUUAAAAAACAGCCCUUAAUGUAAUAAAAUUGUUUUCCUUCAUUUUUUUUUUUGUACAAAGCCUAAUUUUGAAUGAAAAAUCAUUAG